ACCUUAGCGGCAAAAGAGUACAAAACUCCGGCGGGGACACGGCAACUUUCGUGGGGUGCAUUUCUGCCAUGGUCUAAGGCUGGGGUCCACAAAUGGAGAAAAAUAUUUUGGCUUGGUGUAUGUUUCUGCGACAAACUUCUUCGCUAAAUUGUUUGCAGUAACCCUAAUCACUUUAGCCUCUCGCUUUAUUUGGGGUAACACUAUUGCUACAGAUUUCCAUACAUCAAUUACCAUCACCCGUAAAACAGUGAGUGACGGCGAUCUUGAAACCACCAGAUUUGAAAUCCUCGGGAAGAUAUGGAGGCUGGAAAAAGCUCUGAGGCUGUGGACGUUACUUACUGUGAGGCAGAUGUGCAGAAAUAUUGCGAAGUAUACAUAGAUCAAACCAAAGACGUUGCUUUGUACGCUGUUAAUAGGAGAGUCCGAAAACCAGGGAAAAAAGUAAGCAGAGAAGAGGUUAGCAAAGAAAGAGAUACAGACAAUUCAGAAAUAACAGAGUAUGGGGACCCGGGUAAGAGCAGUAACAGUUUGAAACUGACAAAGCAAAAACGUGUUAUCCGUGUGCACAAGGAGCGAUGUUUGGACGCUAAGAUCGUUAACCCUAACGAAAUUAGAAACAAGAAAGAGUUGAUCAAAUCUGAUGCGUCGCUAGACCGCUCAAAGUUUGAAAGCGAGCACUCGCCCAACCAUGUGACAAAUAGCACAACAUUGCCUAUUUUGUCGAGGGAUAAACAAGGUGAGCGAACAACAAGCGUCGGUGACGGCGGCAAUGUAAGUCCAAUUGUACUAAAUGGAACACUUGUCGGCGAUACUACAGGCAAUGAAAACCGCCAUUCUCCUUCAAAAACAUCUCACAAUUUAACAAACUGGUCCUAUGAAGACGAAACGAGCAAAAGUCGGACCGCUGACGUAACAACAACGGAGACCAGCGAUGCAUCAAAAGUGAUCGUUCAACAAAACAGUAAUAAUAGCCAAAAUUUGGCUUCGUGUUUGAGAAAUGCUAAUUCGGAGAUAUUUUUCUCGGAUGCUUCUUCAAAUGAUAGUGGUUUCGCUUCAACUGCAACCGUUUCUUGCAAUUUGCGUAGUGUUUCGACGUCAAAGAAGGAUGGUGGUGGUAGAAACAAUUCGCUCAAAAGAACAAAAUGCAAAUCUUCUUCACCGAGGAAACUACAAAAAAUAACAACUCCAGAGAAGAGCAAGCUCGAAACGCAAAGUCCCAUAAAAGUGGACGUUAGUCUCUCGCCGCCUGCCUUGGUGAUUAAGCGACAGAAUAACACCUGGCAAGUUGAAACCAAAGAGCAUGAAACGUCCACUACCACUACAAAGAGAUUACAAAAAUCUCUCAAAAAGGCUAAAAUCAAAUUGUUUUUAGCAAAAUCAGCUCAGACGAAGCAAGACUCAAAACAAGCUGUUGAGAAUGUACCAGAGAUCAACAAAGGUGAAACUAAUAGAGGGCAAAAUGGAGCGGUGAAAAGAAAAAAGCGCGCGUGGAAACAAAUCCUUAGAAAUCCUAACAUUUGUAAUGGGAAUACGACAAAUCUGGCUCUAGAAUGCAAAGUUUCAGUUGAUGAGAAAAACCCUAGAGUAAAUGGUUUAGUAAACGCCACCAUGAAUUCCAAACCAGAAAAGACCAGUAACUCGGUAUUAACAAACACCUUAAACUCCAGAAUCCUUCAGACUCGCAAGCGGAAAAACAAAGCUUACAGAAACUUCAAGUUAAUGAGCAUGUUUCCAGCUUUUCCUACUUUUAAUGUCAAAGACUGCGACUUGUCUAUGGAAUACUCAAUGGCUGUCUCACAUACUGAGAAGCCACCAGCCUGGCACCCAAUCUGGAAAUGGCACUUAGGGGCACCAGUUGUCAAAGACAAAAGCUGAUCUGAUUCAUUAUAAAACACCAAAUCCAACAUACGUUUGAAGGAUAGUAAUAACACUAUGCUUAUAGCGAUGGUGCAAGAUUCCCUUUGCAUUAAGUUCUAAUUAAGUAUGUGAAAAAUAUAUGACUACAGAUUAUAACUCUUGUGAUCUGUAUUUGAAUGAUUCCCUCUUUCCACCCAUGAGAACAUCAGUUCAAACAUUUUAAUAAUGUUUUCAAUAUUUAUUUUUGACCACCGUUACAGGUUUUAACAGAUUUCUGUAAAAGAAACCCAAAUAAAAAACAAAGCUAUGAUAAGAAGUUACUGUUGAUUUGAUAGUAUCGAUAACUCAAUUUGGACUAAUAAAGUCAUAUUUAUAUGCUU